AUGAAAACAAAGAGUUCUAAUAAUAUAAAAAAGAUUUAUUAUAUUUCUUCAAUUUUAGUUGGUAUUUAUCUAUGUUGGCAAAUUAUUAUUCAAAUUAUAUUUUUAAUGGAUAAUUCUAUUGCAAUUUUAGAGGCAAUAGGAAUGGUUGUAUUUAUAAGUGUAUAUUCAUUAGCUGUUGCAAUUAAUGGUUGGAUAUUAGUUGGAAGAAUGAAGAAAUCUUCAAAAAAAGCACAAUAUGAAGAUUUCUAUAAAAAGAUGAUUUUAAAAUCAAAGAUAUUACUAUCAACAAUUAUCAUUGUAAUUAUAGUUGUAGUAGUACAAGAUAUAGUAAUAAAUUUUAUUUUACCACAAAAUCCUCAACCAUAUGUUUAUAUGAUAAUAAGUAAUUUCAUUGUGGGAAUUGCUGACUCAUUUCAAAUGAUAAUGGUAAUUUUUGUAAUGGGUGAACUUUCUUUUAAAAAUUAUUUCAAAUUUAAAAGAAUUGAAAAACAAAAAAAUCAUAUUGUUAUUGGUGGUAGUAGUUUAAAUUCAUUACCGGUAUCUUUACCAACUGUAAAAUCAAAUGAAAGUAAUGAAAGUAAUACUAUAUCAAUAAAUAGUGAAAAUAAUAAUAGUAAAGUUUCAACUGAUGAUACUAUUAAUAAUGUUAUGUAA